AUGGGUACACAGAAUAAUGGUGUCGGAGUUGGGGGAAAAGGUGGUGGUGGUGGUGGGAAUGAUGGUUGGGAUAGAGGUAGUGAGGGUCGUGAUGGUGGUGGAGUUGGGGUUAAGUAUUGUAGGGAUUUGGAGAGAAUUGAAAUUGAAUCUAAACUUCUCCAGAUCUAUAAAGUUGGUUGGUCUAAAUGGGAAGAUAAAGACUGGGUUAUUUUCUUGGAUAACAGUAAAAUCGUCAAAGUAAGAUGGUGUGGUGUUUUGUGGGGGUAUAAUGUUAUUGGUGGACAUGAAACCGUCGUGAUUUUUUCUAAUUUCCGCGCGACUUCACACACUCAAAUCACUCUAUUUUUCUCUCCAGGAUUUCAAUUUUUUUUCUCAAACCCUUUCUUCUUCACAUAUUCGUUCAAAAUCGAUUCCUUCAAUCGCUUUGUUCUUCACAUAUUUUUUUUCUCAAACCUUCGUUCUUCACAGAUUUGUUCAAUCCCUCACAGAUUUUCACCGAUUCCUUCAACUAACCCACAAAAUCCGUAUCAAGCUCACCGAUUCCUUCUUGUUCGAUCAAACUCAAGCUCAAAAUCAAACUCGAACUCGAUCAAUUGUCUUCAACCUCACUUUCAAUCGGCUUCAAGCUUGUUCAACCUUCUUCUCAAAUUCAUUCAACUUAAGCUUCAAUCUUCACAAUCCAGCUUCUGCUUCCUUCAAUCAAGCUUCAGAUUCGUUUUUCGCCGAGAUUGGUUCAAAUAUUCAGCUUCUGCUUCAGAUUCGUCCUACAACUAUGUUCAUUCAAACUUCAAAAUCCAGGGUAAUCUCAAUUUGAUAACACAAGCAUUGGAAGCAGUUGGUUGUCGGAUGGAGGUGAUACCAGAUCCAACAACUGUUCAUUUCCAUCUACCGAGCCACCUCUUUGUUCGAGUGCACAGAGAGUAUGACAAAUUCAUUGAAGAACUUACGAGUUAUUUUCCCCAUGAAAAGGACGGUAUCCUCAAAUUCUAUGGUGAAUGCUGGAAGAUUUUCAAUGCCUUGAAUUCAUUGGAGUUGAAGUCGCUAGAGGAGCCACUCUACCUUUUUGGACAGUUUUUUCAGAAGUCGCUUGAAUGCUUGACAAUAGCCUAUUAUUUGCUUCAAAAUGCUGGAGCCAUAGCCCGAAAGUAUAUUCAGGAUCCACAAUUGUUGUCUUUCAUAGACGCAGAGUGUUUUAUAGUGAGCACGGUCAACGCUUUGCAGACUGCAAUGAUCAAUGCUAGCAUGGUAGGGACACCAAAGACACAUCGACGAUACCUAGCCCGCGAUGAGGGUACUUAUGGACCAAUGCCGUGCAGCAUUCCAAAGGGAUUAUUAGGAAUGCCAUUUAAUACAACUAGCAUAGACGGUCUUUACUGUGUUGGAGACAGAGUCUUCCCUGGACAAUGUGUUAUUGCUGUAGCUUUCUCUGGAGUUAUGUGCGCUCAUCGAGUAGCUGCAGAUAUUGGAUUGGAGAAAAAGUCACCUGUUUUGGAUGCCAUGCUACUUCGUCUGUUUGGUUGGUUCAAAACACUGGCAUAAGUGUUAUAAUUUGUUUGAUCUAUGAGUGUAUUAUCCUGUAUAACAUUUCUUUUUUGUAUAUUUCUUUACUUUUUAUGAUUUGUUCAUUUUUCUGCCUUUAGGUAUCAAUCAUAGGAAAAGGGAUAUUCUAUUUUUUUGUUUUGUUACAAAGGGAUAUUCUGUUUUAAUUUGUAUGAUAUAAGUUGAUAUAGUUGAUCAUGAUAUAAGUAGUCAAGCUUGUUUCUUGUAUUUGCAUGUCCUUGUUUCUUGUAUGCAUGUUUCUUGUAUGCAUGUUUCUUGUAUAUGCAUGUUCUUGUAGAUAAAGAGUUGGUUUCAGACUAAGCUCCAAGACUCGCCACAAGUCCCUAAAAAUGAAUUGGUUUCUCCACAAGGUCCUCAAUGUAAGGAAG